AUGAGGAAGUCCACAUUGCAAAAAUGUACUUUAAUACUCUCUUCAAAGUCAUGCUGAAAUGUAGAAUAGAUAGUUGUCAUAUUCUAAUGCUUUUCAUACCAUAAAAAGGAAAUCUUUCCCUGUUUACAUCUUGGAAAAGGCAUGUUUUGUCUGAUCGUUGCAAUGUGUGCAGUACUGUCAGCCCCUGUAUGUUCUGACUCGGGGUCACAUUCGUUAUGGGUCUUUGCCACUUUUUUGACUGGAGACAGUUCAGCCCCAUUUCCAGAGUUCACUGCAGUUAUGAUGCUGGAUGAUCUUGUCAUUGGUCACUAUAAUUCACAAGAGAGAAGUUUUGUCCAGGAGAUACCACAAGAAUCGGUUAAUGCCACUGAGCAACUGACCAUAUUAACAGUUUGUAAAGACAUGCACGAGGCCAUGAAAACUAAAGCAUACUAUUUAAUUGAUUACCUAAACUAUACAAAAGGCCUUCAUGUGCAGCAGAGACUGGUUGGCUGUGAAAUUUUCCAUGAUAAGCCUGGUCGAAUGAUGACAGUGGAAGCCUUCAAUCGCGAGAGUGGCUUUGAGAGACACUAUAACAUUCAGGGAGACCAGCACACUCAGUGGAAAUGGCCUGUGAUAAAGAGUAGAGCACAGCUGGAGUAUGACGCGUGGCUCUAUGCCCACUUUUACCGCCCUCUGUGCAUCAGCCAACUCAAGAAAUAUCUAAAAAAGGAGAAGAACCGUGUGAUGGCAAGAGUAAAGCCCAGAGUGAGAGUGAUUAAACACUCUUACAGUGACACAGGUGUGGUUCGAAUUACCUGCCUGGCAACUGGUUUUUACCCACGUCACAUCAACCUGACACUUCUCCAAGAUGGCCAACCAGUAAAUGAGGAGCAGGUUACAGGAGGAGAACUGCUGCCCAACGCUGAUGGAACGUACCAGAUGAGGAAGAGUAUGGAACUAAGUGCUGAAAAGCAAAGAGGAAGACACACCUACACAUGUACUGCUACUCACCUUAGCCUGGAUAACAAACUUGACAUCAGUUUAGAGCCCGACUCUGACCCUGUUGCUGUAGUUCCCUUGGUGCUGGCGCUAGUGAUGUUGUGUGUGAUUGGAGCUGUGGUUGCCUUUAAAAUAUGGAGGAAGAGAUACAAACAGACUGAUCAGGCCAGCUACAUACCUGCCUCAGCCAAUGACCAGACAGCAGAAAUUGCAGAACACCAACAGAUGUGACCACUUAAAAGUUUAUAAUUGUACUUGUUCUAAACAGUGUUGGGUGUAAUCCAAUGACAAAGUAAUUAGUUACUGUAAUCUAGUUACUUUUUUUAGAAAGAAAAAAGUAGUAUAAUGCAUUACAUUUGAAAUUCUUGUAAUCAGAUUACAGUCACUGACUUUAAAUUAAUUUAAUUAAUUUUUAAAUACAUUUUAGGAUUAUGCUUAUUUCUAAUAUAUUAUUUAUGUAGAAUACAUUAAUUAUGGCCCCAUAACGAGUCAUUGUGAAGGAGAAAUGUGAUUGCUGAGUGUAUGAAUUUUGUGUAACAAUGAACAAGAAAGAAAUAUAGACAUUAUUUUGAAUUUGUUGAGCGGAAAAGUGUUUUAUAAAGUAAAGUAAUUAGUAAUAUGAUUAUUUUCCAAUGAAAUAAUUAGUAAAGGAAUCUGUUUACAAUUUUUAGAGAAAUAAUAAGUAAUUUGUAGUAGAUUACUAUUUUUAAGUAACACACAACACUGGUUCUAAAAUUAAGACUGAAUAGCUCUUAUCACACUGUGGCCUCUUAAGAAGUGGAUAUGUUCUUUCUCUGUUAUAGUUUUUAAUAUUUCAGUGGCUUUUUACAAAUAAAGUAUGUGUAAUUCCAUGUA